CCAGACGUCGCGGUUUCUUGAUCCUUCGGGCAUUAACGCAAUGUAUGCAACUUCCCUGGGUUCUUCAGCUAAUCUCUAUCGAACUCUAGCUUCUGCUUCUAGCGGGGAAGACGUAGCACAAUUCGUAGCCACCGAUCGAAACCCAUUUCUUAAAUCCCACUAUUUCUUCGAGUCUCAAUCUAUAAUUCUCCAAAUCCGCAACCAAAAUCGAUAAAAGUUCAUGUCAUUGCCUGGCAGUUCGUUUGAUCUUUGAAUUCGGAGUAAAUUGCUCACAGAAUUCGAUAGAAGCAAAGCUAUGCUUGUCAGAAGGCGUUUAGCGGAGCUGAUAAUCGGUUUCAAUUCGGAAACUAGGAGGAGAAGAAGCCGAUUGUUGUCGAGCAAUUCUGGGAAGAGAUUUGCAGCGGUUUGGGGAAAUGGAGAUUUCGGGAGGCUGGGGCUUGGAAAUUUGGAUUCUCAGUGGAGGCCUGUUGCGUGUUCUUCCUUUGAUCGCGAAAUGCUCAAGGAUAUUGCAUGUGGUGGUGCUCACACUCUGUUCUUAACAGAAUCUGGACGUGUUUAUGCUACUGGUCUUAAUAAUUUUGGGCAGCUGGGAAUCCUCGAGGAACAAGGCUACUGUACAGAGCCUGUUGAAGUUAGAAUUCAGAAAGAAGCUGUUCAUAUCGCAGCUGGUUAUAAUCACUCUUGUGUUGUUACAGCUGAUGGAGAACUGUAUAUGUGGGGGAUGAAUUCAAGUGGGCAGCUUGGUCUUGGAAAGAGGUCAGCAAAAUCCGUAUGCCUACCUACUAAAGUAAAUAGCUUAGAUGGGAUUGUGAUUAGGAGGGCUGCUUUAGGUUCAGACCACUCGAUGGCUGUUACUGAUGGAGGUGAAGUCUUAAGUUGGGGAGAUGGACGAUCGGGAAGAUUGGGUCAUGGCCACGAGUCAUCAUUAUUGGGGUUUUUAAAAAGCACCAGCGAAUAUACGCCCAGGCUAAUUAAAGAACUUGAGGGGAUUAAGGUUGAACGGAUUGCUGCAGGGAUGCUGCACUCAGCGUGUGUAGAUGAGAAUGGAGCUGUUUUCAUAUUUGGUGAGAGAGCAACAAACAGAGUGAGCUUUGGUGAGGCGAACAAGGAAACAACACCAUCAAUGAUCAGCACGCUUUUGAACUGCGAAGAAGUUUCCUGUGGUGGUUAUCACACGUGUGUCCUAACAAAAGGUGGGGACCUGUACAGUUGGGGUUCGAAUGAGAAUGGCUGUCUCGGGAAUGGGUCCACGAGUGUCUUUCAUCUCCCCGAAAAAGUCGAAGGUCCCUUUUCAAAAUCUCCCGUAAGCAAGGUAUCUUGUGGAUGGAAACAUACAGCAGCAAUCUCAGGUGGUGCCAUUUUCACGUGGGGCUGGGGAGGUUCCCACGGAACGUUUUCGGUGGAUGGCCAUUCGUCUGGGGGUCAGCUGGGACAUGGAAGCGACAUUGACUAUGUGAAACCGACAAUGAUCGACCUCGGAGAGAAUGUGAAGGCAGUACAAGUCUCCUGUGGGUUCAACCACACUGGUGCGAUACUCGAGUACAUGUGAGAGUUUCAAACUUUAACCACACCAGUACAAUAGUAAAGAGGCUGUGUUCAUAAUUUUCGAGUCGAAAUUAUAAUAUGUUCGUUCAUGUAUAAAUACAUCAUUUCCUGUUAAGGCAAAUAAAACUGUAAACUCUGUAUAUGUCAUGCUUCGGGUGUCAGAGAAAUAAUCAUAAACAUGGGAGAAUGAUACCCAAAUCUUAGGACAUUUAUUCAAACAUUCAAUUUGGCAUUGUUCUUUGCAGCUCAAGUUCAUAAUGUUCGUCACAUAUUCUCUCAUUUACUUGA